AUGACCAACCCUUCGGAGCAAUUCCUGUUCCUCUCUUCCUCGGCCCCAGGAAUCUACUCUCCGAUCCCUUCCCCUUCGAGUCCUGACCCUGCAUUUCGAUCCCGCGAGAAUUCUUGUAAGAGGCGUUCGAAGCUGAUCUCGAUUGGCCUUCCACUUAGCCUUGAUCCUUCCAACCCCGACGGCAUCCCCAGGCCUAAGAAGGUCGGCAGGAAGCCCGACCCUCAUGCCCCGAAGAUCACCCGCCCGUGCAGCGAGUGCGGGAAGAAGUUCUGGUCGUGGAAGGCCCUGUUUGGGCACAUGAGGUGCCACCCUGAGCGCCAGUGGCGGGGCAUGAACCCGCCAGUUAACUUCCAGUCCCAGCCUCCCGAGGGAACAGACUCUUUCUCUGGUACAGGCCUCGGAGCAGUGCCUGCAACGACUGAGGAGGACCACGAGGUCGCUGCCUGCCUGCUGAUGCUAGCGAAUGGUAGGCCAGGCGAGGUGAGUGAUCACAAUGCCUACUCCAACCGUGAAGUCGACAGCUCUGGGGUCCCGUCAGAGACGGGUUCUGGCCCGGGAAUGGAUGACCCAGGCGGCCAUCAUCAUCAGCACCAUCAUCUCCUGGGGAGGUUCGAGUGCUCGAGCUGCAAGAAGGUGUUUGGGUCCCACCAGGCUCUGGGGGGCCACCGGGCGAGCCACAAGAACGUCAAGGGCUGCUUCGCCAAUGCUAUGAUGAGGAGUAGUAGCGUCGACUACUCUGAGAAUGCUACAGCUUCCGACAAUAAUAGGAAGAGCGAGUUCAGGGAGUGUGAGGACUCAGGAGCUUCACUGCCUACCCAACUGGUCAUGAACUCCUUCGCAGCCAAGGAGACAUGUGAUGUUGACUUAAGCCUAAGCACAAGUCUACUGGAGUUCGCUCUUGCAAUAUCGGCUAUUCCAGUCUUAGAUCUCUCAACCCCUCACCCCGGAGAUAGAUUAAAAAUUCCUAAACCAUCCCAUAAUUGGUUAACUUCAAGUGGAGAUGAGAACUGGCAGAGCUGGGAUCAAACCUUUCUUCUGAUGUGCACUGGGGUCCUGGAGAGGCAGAAGAACCGGGCAUCCGGAGCAACUACGGAGCAGAGCUAG